AUUAUUAAAUUACCUCUGGCCUGUGUCGGCCAGCAGCGACACUUCUAGCUCUGCGCUGACAUUUCUGAUUGUAUAAUGCAGACUAAUGAGGGUAUAUACGAGUAUUUUUAACGGAGUGUGGCAUUGAAAGUUUAACUCCUGUGUUUAUUAUUUUUGAGAGAACGGAAAACUGCCCACAGAAGCCAUGGAUACAGCAGAUUUAAUUCUCUUUAUGGAUAAUUUGUUUGACUCUAUGAAUGGAAGUUAUCAGAACUCAAAAUCACGAAGUGGUAAAGAGUUAUUACGCAAUGUUACACCAAAUUCUCUGCAUAAUGUAUGUAUGGACUAACUCAAAAAAGAGUCAAUGAAGUUUAUUUCUGCCAGUUACUGUUAGAAGGCACAGUACUCAGACCUUGGUACUGUGACUUCUAUAAAAAACUGGUCACAUACUGUACAAAAUAUUUAAUUACUGAGGGACAAACUAUUUCAUGAACAUAAAGUCUUUAUGGUGCAUCUAAAUCAAGAUGUAUUAGAAAACUUUUUCGGCAGCAUACGUAGUCAUGGAAUCAGAAAUAAUUUAUCUAUGUGCUGCCUUCGAAGCUGCAUUUUCAUCAUCACUGAUAAAUAACUCGAGCAGCAAUGCACUAAGCAUAGGAGCAAAUUGUGAGGAAGAUGCAUGUAUAGCUUUACACACAUUUGAUAAAUUAUGUUUUAAAACAAAAUGAUUCCUCAGUAAUUCAUAACAAAGAUAUAGAUGAUUUAAAUCUAGAUAUAAACAAUUAUGAAGAGGAACAAAAAAUAUUUAUUUUAAAUCUCCACUAGAGUAUGUAAAAUUUCCCAAGCUGGCUAGUCACCAUGGGAAAUUAGACUACCACCCUCCAGAGUAUGUAACUGGAUAUUUGUUGAAAAAAAGCCGACCCAUUAUAAAAAUUUGCCAGCUCUGUAAAAACCAACUCUUUGAUGAAAAAUAAACAAAAAAUUAUGCCAGAGAAUGCAUAAAUAAUAAAAAAAAAUAUUAUACCCUAGUACACAAAUAAAAGUUUUAUUUUCAUCUUUACAAGACAAUCUAUAAUGUCUUAAAAAUAAAAGUAAUAUUAAUAAUUUCAAAAAUUAUAUGAAAGCAUUGCUUCGUGUUCCGCAUUCGAAUUUAUUGACUGUAAAUAUCAUAAAAAAGUUUUAACAGAGUCCUUUUUUGAUUUUUCAUGCAGAUUUUUUACAUGUCAUUGGUGUAAGUCAAAUGUAUGUGAUGAAAGAGCUCCUCCUCUAUUGAGGUUAUAAUCGAUUUGGGCCAUCAGGCGGAGUUUGAUGCAUUUAAAGACGCAUUCAAAGAUUAAAUACCCAGCAGAAGUUAUUUCAGAGUCUUAAGACCAUUCAAAUAUUGGUGCAGCCUAUCUUUGGUGGAGGUUGGAUCAUUAACUGGGGUAGCCGUUCGUCAUUAGCCGGGUCCACACCGGACGAUCCAUCGCGCUCCGAUCGCGCGCGGCAGCAGCGCGAUCCAAAGAUGCAGGCGGUGUGGACGUGCCGCGCGCGAUCCAUGCGCACGUAUUGGAGCGCGCGCUCCCUACCUCGCGCGAUCCGUGUGCGGUCGGUUUUUGUGCCAGCCUCAAAGGUGCCUCAGUUGCGUGAUGCGCGCGGUGUGGACGGUUGUGUUGGUUCGCGCGAUCCACCUCGCCAUGAACAUCUCAGAAAGUCGCCGUUUGAUAUCGCUUUAUAAAGAAUUUAAAUGUUUAUGGGAUCCCAAAGAUUCUAAUUACACCAAUAGAGGUGUUAGAGAUGAUGCUUGGCGUCAGAUUUCUUGUGAAAUGGGGAAUAAGUCGAUCGAGAACCUAAAGAAAAAAAUGCGAUCUCUGGCGGGAGGCUACAGAAGGGAGAAACACAGAGAGAAGCAAAGCCGUAUAACUGGAUCCGGUGCUCAAGAUACAUAUAAAUCAAAGUGGUUUGCGUAUGAUGACUUCGACUUUAUGGCGGAUAAAAAUGAACCCGGAACCACACGCGAUACAUUGGAACAUGUAGAAUCUGAUACGACUGAAGGGGAACUUGAAGUUAAUACUACAGUGAGCGAAAACGAGAACAGUAACAUUACUAGUGACACACAACCGGAGAGAGCCAACCACCACACAGAUCAGAGUAGAGAGCAGAAUGAUCAGAAUGCACAAUCCAGUGUCCAAACAACAAACAAAAGAACAAAAAAAAGAAAGAAAACUACUUCUAAUAAUGCAGAUGACAUAUCAGAUGAAACUCUUUCAGAGGCUUUCCAACUUCUGCAACAAUGUGCUCAGCCACCACAACCGGAAACUGAUUCUUACAUUGCUUUCGGGCAGUAUAUAUCUACUGAAUUGCGGAAAUAUGAUGCAGUAACAUUAGUUAAUGUCAAAAAUGCUAUAUGCCAAGUUAUUUUUCAAGCUGACACAGGAAGAUAUGGGGAUAGCAAUUAUGGAUAUUACACUAAUUCAUAUCCUGGCACACCAAUAGCAUCCACUUCAUCACAGUCCCAGUCUCUACAACCUCAAAAUUAUCCAGCUCCAAUUCCACAGACAUCACCGUCUGCUCAUCUAGCCUCCAAUUCAUCGCAGUCCCAGUUUCUGAAACCUCAGGAUUAUUCACUUCCACAGUCACCACCGAAUUAAAUAAGUACCUAACUAUAUCAUGUUUUCAAAAAAUAAUUAAUAAUUGUAAACAUGUUACUUCUUUAAAUUAUGAUUGUAAUACACUACUUUUUUAUUGAGUAAUAAAGUAUGGUUUUACUUACCUUUA